AGACCCAACCAUGAUUAAGAAAGGAUGCAUAAUCAUAAGUGCUGCCCUGUGCAUCUUUGUAUCCAACGUGCACGCAGUCUGUGAUCUAGAGCCAGCAUAUUCCAUAUCAGAAACUGCGCCAAAUGGUACUCUGAUAUUUAAUGGAACGAAAACACAAGGACACACUGUAACUUUCCAAGUGAAAAACCCCAAUGCUACAAAGAACCCUCAAGGAUUUAUGAGUGAUAUUAAGAGUGCUCUCAGGCUAACUAACAAUGAUACAACCUUUAAGCUGCAAAACACCCAACAACUAGAUCUGGAGAAGUUUUGGAUAAGUUAUGAAGUUGACAUAACCACGAUAACCCUGACAGUAACCUGCGAUGGAAAUACGAAUGAUGUGUUCAUAAGUGUGACGCCAGUGAAUGAAUUUACUCCAGUAUUUGUAAACAGCCCUUACAAUAUAACAUUACCAGAGUCCACGCGGGUUGGCACUGUGGUAUACAAACUGAAGUCGAAAGUUAAAGAUGAAGAUGUGGGAGGUGUUCAGAACUUUUAUUUCCAAAUUCAUCCAUACAGUAUAGCUGACUAUGACGGGUCAGCCUUUUUCAGUAUUCCGGCUUCUUCAACAGGAAAUAUUACUCUAACAAAACCGCUUGAUUUUGACACAACAGCAAAGAAUACCCGUUCCCUAAACCUAAGUGUAGCGGAUGGCCAAUCAGCUGACGCGAAAACAGCUCGGACCACAUUGCAAGUAAAUAUAGAAGAUGUAGACGACCAAGUGCCGUAUUUUGAGUAUCCAAAUUGUCCAGCGCCGUGUCCAGCGCCGGCAUUUGUGUCUGUAACACGUCUUUUGUACACGGGUUCUUUGGAGAUAACACCACCACUGAAAGGAAAAGAUGACGACACUCUUGGGACUGCUUUACUUUAUUCUAUAAAGUCUGGUAACAAGAACAAUUUAUUCACAAUGGACGCGAGCACAGGUGCUGUCACACAGGCGAAAUCUGUCGAUGCAGCUAAUCUGCCGGACUCUGAGUUUAGACUCGUUAUUGAGGUAAGGAAAGACCUCCAGAACAUUGAUUUGUCAUCCAUCGCCAUCCUUACUGUAAAAGUAUGGGAGCGUUUGCGAAAUGACACAGGAUACCCAAAGCCGCCUGUAGGUCGGUCUACAGAAGAAAAAGACGGCUCUAGCCUUCUGAUUCCUCUUAUUGUCCUUGGAGUAUUGUUAACCAUUGUCAUUGUCGCUCUGAUAGUCGUCUUUGUAAUAUACCGAAAAAAACAACGGGAAAUGGCAGUGGGGCCGGCUGAGGACAAGUCAGAGCCACAGACGGAGGAAGAAGAUCUUCACACUGAAGGCGAAGACUACACUGGAAGAGCUGACUCGGAUGAAAGACUCGUUUUCGGUAACAAGGCCACGCUUGGAAUAAUGACAGACGACUUUCCAAGUACUGCAGGCGGAAGAGCGAAUCAGUUACCUCCCUUGCCUAUGAGAGAUACAGCCACUGAGACAACUGAAGGGAAAAGAAAGAAAAAGUCUAGAAAGCGAAAUAAAAACAAAGAACCAGAAAUAUUUGACGGUACGCGGGAGUACAAUAUGGGCGCAGAUCCAGAGUUUUUCGACUCGACCGAUAAAUCCAGAGUGAAACGGUCGCAAAGAAGUAAAAAGGCGGAUCCCUCCCUCCCAAUUCAAGUGCCAAAUGACAAUGCCGCAGAUAUAGACUCUGUUUACAUGUAGAUAGUUGGACAUUUGCCAAAUAAUUAUCUAUGGAGUUGUUUAUGUCUGCGACAAUUUGUAUCAAAGUAUCCAAGACGAUAUCCGAAAAAAAAGAUCUGUUUUGUUAAAGUAUCUCAUAUAACUAUGGCUGUUUUAAAGCAUUCUGACUUAUAACCACAGCCUGUGGGUGUAUAUUUGUCAUAAGAUUUCAUUAUACAGUACAGUUUAGGACCAUGUUUUAGUGAGGUAUUGAAAGGUAUCUUAUAAUAAGACAGUAAAACUAUAUACUUUUUAACUGAAUCAGAUAUGGAACUACAACACGGGAAGAAUUUGGCCAAGGACAUUGAAAAAACAUCAGAUAAAAAGAAAAUGUGUUUGAUUUACAUGUUUUCCCUCGUAACAGUCUGGUCUUAUAUUUUCACUCGUGGCUACGCUACUUGUUUAAAUAUGUAUUUAAUAUCAACUUAAAAAGACAUUAUGAUCUUGCACUGAAAUGAAUAGAUACCCUCUACUUAUUCGAAGAGUAAGUUAUGUUGAAACAUCCCCGAAACGCUUUACCAAAAUUAUAACCGCACGAGUUGCGUACAGCCCGUUAAGACUAUACACGUGCGUUCAUCAGCAGAUUAUGGAACAAGGGAAAAAAAGAAAUCUUUAAAUAUUUUAAUUAUAUAUUAAGAGAUAUGAUAUAUUUUUGUAUUGUAGAAGUUAUAUUUUGGGCUCUAGUAUUUCCCAUUUGUUUCUGUUUUUUAUUAGCUCACCUGUCACAAAGUGACAUUGUGAGCUUUUGUGAUCGCGCGGUGUUCGUCGUCCGUCGUCCGUCCGAGCGUCCUUGCGUGCGUCCGUAAACUUUUGCUUGUGACCACUCUAGAGGUCACAUUUUUCAUGGGAUCUUUAUGAAAGUUGGUCAGAAUGUUUAUCUUGAUGAGAUCUAGGUCAAGUUUGAAACUGGGUCACGUGCCAUCAAAAACUAGGUCAGUAGGUUUGAAAAUAGAAAAACAUUGUGACCUCUCUAGAGGCCAUAUAUUUCACAAGAUCUUCAUGAAAAUUGGUCAGAAUGUUCACCUUGAUGAUAUCUAGGUCAAGUUCGAAACUGGGUCACGUGCCAUCAAAAACUAGAUCAGUAGGUCUAAAAAUAGAAAAACCUUGUGACCUCUAGAGGCCAUAUAUUUCACAAGAUCUUCAUGAAAGUUAGUCAGAACGUUCACCUUGAUGAUAUCUAGGUCAAGUUCGAAAGUGGGUCACGUGCCUUUAAAACUAGGUCAGUAGGUCAAAUAAUAGAAAAAACUUGUGACCUCUCUAAAGGCCAUAUUUUUCAUGGGAUCUGUAUGAAAGUUGGUCUGAAUGUUCAUCUUGAUGAUAUCUAGGUCAAAUUUGAAACUGGGUCAUGUGCGGUAAAAAACUAGGUCAGUAGGUCUAAAAAUAGAAAAACCUUGUGACCUCUCUAGAGGCCAUAUAUUUCAUGAAAUCUUCAUGAAAAUUGGUCAGAAUGUUCAUCUUGAUGAUAUCUAAGUCAGGUUCGAAAGUGGGUCACGUGCCAUCAAAAACUAGGUCAGUAGGUCAAAUAAUGGAAAAACCUUGUGACCUCUCUAAAGGCCAUAUUUUUCAUGGGAUCUGUAUGAAAAUUGGUCUGAGUGUUCAUCCUAAUGAUAUCUAGGUCAAAUUCGAAACAGGGUCAAGUGCGGUCAAAAACUAGGUCAGUAGGUCUAAAAAUAGAAAAAUCUUGUGACCUCUCUAGAGGCCAUACUUUUGAAUGGAUCUCCAUAAAAAUAAGUCAGAAUGUUCACCUUGAUGAUAUCUAGGCCAAAUUUGAAACUGGAUCACGUGCCUUCAAAAACUAGGUCAGUAGGUCAAAUAAUAAAAAAACCCUCUAGAGGCCAUACUUUUCAUGGAAUCUGUAUGAAAGUUGGUCUGAAUGUUCAUCUUGACGAUAUCUAGGUCAAGUUUUAAACUGGGUCAACUGCGUUCAAAAACUAUGUCAGUAGGUCUAAAAUUAUUAAAAUCUUUUGACCUCUCUAGAGGCCACAUUUUUCAAUGGAUCUUCAUGAAAAUUGAUCUGAAUGUUCACCUUGAUGACAUCUAGAUUAAGUUCGAAACUGGAUCACGUGCGGUCAAAAACUAGGCCAGUAGGUAUAAAAAUAGAAAAACCUUGUGACCUCUCUAGAGGCCAUAUUUUUCAUGAGAUCUUCAUGAAAAUUAGUGAGAAUGUUCACUUAUUGAUAACUAGGUAAGGUUCAAAACAGGGUCACGUACCUUCGAAAACUAGGUCAAUAGGUCAAAUAAUAGAAAAACCUUACGACCUCUCUAGAGGCCAUAUUUUUCAAUGGAUCUUCAUGAAAAUUGGUCAGAAUUUUUAUCUUGAUAAUAUCUAGGUCAAGUUCAAAACUGGGUCACAUGAGCUCAAAAACUAGGUCACUAUGUCAAAUAAUAGAAAAAACGACGUCAUACUCAAAACUGGGUCAUGUGGGAAGAGGUGAGCGAUUCAGGACCAUCAUGGUCCUCUUGUUUUAUUUAUGAGAGGAGACAUUUGUUAUUUAUUUUUAAUGUUUAUACGGUUGUUAGCUGUGAUAUAAUAUUCAGUACGUCUGUACUUGUCUUGUACUGCUUGUAUUUGAACGGAAUUUAGACUCUGUUUAGGUUCCAAUCUUUGAUAUGAUUAUGUCAUUUGUGUAGAAGAUGUCAGUAAUGAACAUAUCUGAAGUUCUAAAAUUGUCAGGUAACAGUACUGCUUGACAAAGUGUUUUUCUAGACUUCAUAAAAUGUUCCCAUAUUUUCAGUAGCGAACAUUUCACAGUUCUUAAGUCCUAACAUGUUUCUAUCUUUCCAAUUACGAACAUUAACAAAGUUUUAAAAUUAUCAAAAACAAUAGCGUUUUCCUUGUUUUAAGCUUCUCAUAUGUUGCCAUCUUUUCAGUAUCGAGCAUUACCAAGUUCCUAAAAUUGUUAGACACCUAAAUUCGAUUUCAUUUAUUUUUCAGUAUCGAGCAUUACCAAGUUCCUAAAAUUGUUAGACACCUAAAUUCGAUUUCAUUUAUUUUUCAGUAUCGAGCAUUACCAAGUUCCUAAAAUUGUUAGACACCUAAAUUCGAUUUCAUUUAUUUUUCAGUAUCGAGCAUUACCAAGUUCCUAAAAUUGUUAGACACCUAAAUUCGAUUUCAUUUAUUUUUCAGUAUCGAGCAUUACCAAGUUCCUAAAAUUGUUAGACACCUAAAUUCGAUUUCAUUUAUUUUUCAGUAUCGAGCAUUACCAAGUUCCUAAAAUUGUUAGACACCUAAAUUCGAUUUCAUUUAUUUUUCAGUAUCGAGCAUUACCAAGUUCCUAAAAUUGUUAGACACCUAAAUUCGAUUUCAUUUAUUUUUCAGUAUCGAGCAUUACCAAGUUCCUAAAAUUGUUAGACACCUAAAUUCGAUUUCAUUUAUUUUUCAGUAUCGAACAUUACCGAGUUCAUCUUAUUAUUAGCAAACACAUUCUAAACUUCUAAUAUUUUCCAUCUGUUCGGUACUCAGUAGUGAACAUUACCGAGUUCCUAAAAAGGUUAGAAAAUACAUUCUGAAAUUCUGAUGUGUUCUAUUCAGUACUGAAAUUAACCAUGUUUCUAAAAAGGUUAGAAAUCGCAUUAUAGACUUUUGAUAGUUUCCAUCUCUUCAGUAUCGAAUAUUGCAGAGUUUCAAAUUUUGUUAAGAUACAGUACUCUUUCUCACUAUUAGGCUUCUAAGAACGAUUUUCAGACACCUGUCGAAUUUCGAAAAUAGCACGACUAUUUCAGUGGAACGAAAAACAAAAAAUUCUUUGUCAAGCAACUGUAAAAAAAUAAUCGGGUAGUUUCAGGGCAUUAAUGAAAAUAUGUUUAUACUACGAGCGCUUGGCGACGGCGGUUCCAUGAUUCCUUGCCUAGAAAUUUGACGGAAAAGCUCUAUGUCUUAAUAAUAAAACAAAUUGAAAUCUUAAAGUCUGCAAUUGUUCGGCAACAUUCAGAAAUUACUUACAUGUAUCAAUAAUCUUGUACUAAAUUAGUAUUAUAGAUUUAUUUAAAAGAAUGUCCCAUUGAAAAUGUUUAAGUCUUUUAAUUCCAUUUUACUAAUAGAAAUUCCGUUAUGCAAAUGUAAAAUCUGAAAAUAAGGUAAUGUACCUGUGUUCAGAAUUUUGAAAUUUCAGACAUUAAUGUAUAGAUGCAAGACAUUUCUUAAAUUACCGAAACAUUCAGACGAUCAACCUCACCUCUUCUUAGACUGAAUAUGUACGUGUAAAAUACAGUAGCUGUAGUUUCUUGCUCUUUGUGUUACCAUGUGAUGUGAUUUGGAAAUCAAAGUUGAAAUGCUAGUCAAUAUUAGAUACAGUAUGUACUGUAAAGAAAGGAUUUUUCAAUAAAUUAUGAAAUAUA